AUGUUUAAAAACGCGCCUACAUUAUAUAGAAAUUGUUCAUAACAUACAUAAAUAAGGGCCAAUUUCACCAACUCCGGUCAACUCUGGUUAGAUUAAUCGACGGUUAAAAUUAGGGUGCCAACAGAAAAUAAAGGUGAAGGAAAACCAAGCAUUCUUAUUAUUUCAGUUACCACCCUGCCAUCGGUUAAUCUAAUUGGACUUGGCCCUAUUGUAAUUUUUACUUUAUUUCAAGAUACACAAUCGACUUUCCUAUCUCUAGUUACAUAAACUCUAUGGAAUAGCUAUAGUCACAUAACCCCUAUAGUUUAGAUUUCUUAUACAAUGUGUGUGGAAAUCCCCUUUUUCAUUUGAUACGUUUUGAUAAAAGAGAAUUGUGAGACAUGGAGAUAACAAAGCAAAACGAAGUCGCAUGGAUUAGAUUAUAAAUCAGUGCUUUGUUUGGUUCUUGUCAGCAUUUAUAUAAUUUUGAAAUACUUCAAAUAUUUAACAUAUUCAUUAUUUUGCAAAGCGCGCAUAAAUACUUUCAACUUGACGGAUAAUAUAUAUCUUAAUAUAUAUUUCAUCCAACAUAUUGAAUAUAUAUCUACUUUUAUAUUAUGGCAAAGAAUCAAAACCCAGAUCCUGUGGAUUGUACAACAUUUGCAUUAGCACAAAUAUUUAAGCCACCAAUGAUUACAUUUCCACGUUACUUAUCUCUUGCUUUACAAAAUCAUUUGGUGGAACACAAUUCCCUUCCACAAAGAUGUAACGAUUAUAUGAAAUGCAUUAAGAGUUUGUCUAAUAUACAAAAAAUAGAUUAUGAUGAUUACUUGAUUAUAUUAAAAAUAUGUUUAUAUCUAGAACAGUUUGAAUUAGAUCGUGAAGUAUAUCGUCAUAGAUUGUUAAAUCAUAAUGUUAAGAGUUCCAAUUUAAAAGAAUGUUUCAUUAUUAAUGUGCCAUCUCUGAAUAAUGGGAAUUCUGUAAUUGUACCAGAUGAUAAAGUGACUCUUUAUGAAGCCAUUUCAAAAAAAACAAUUUGGGCUAAAAUUAUCAAAGUGACAGGAAACGAAGUAACAAUACAACCACAUUCUUCUAAAGAUGCAGAAAUAUUCAGAGACAAACAAAAAAAGUUUAAUAUAAAUUUUCGGAGUAGACAUUGGCCAUUAAGAUGUUGUCAUUAUGCAUUGAUGAUAAUGUAUCAAAAACGCAAUUUGGUGGAAAUUAUAUAUCCCAAACUCAAGGCAAAUAGUAUAGAUUUAAAUGACGACAUAAAAUGGAUAAAUACUAACAUAGAGAAGAACAAAGAACAAAAACAAGCAAUAAAAAAGAUCUUGAAUAAAACGGCAUACCCAGCACCUUAUAUAAUUUUUGGUCCUCCAGGCACUGGGAAAACAGCAACAUUAGUAGAGACUAUAAGUCAAAUUGUGAAACAUUAUCCUAUGAAAAAUAUAUUGGUAUGUGCAACAUCUAACACAGCGGUUGAUGAAAUUACAAAGAGACUAAUUGGAAAUGUGCCAGCAAGCAUAGUGUAUCGAAUGUAUGCACCAUCUAGACCAUGGGGAAAUGUCGAUGAAAAAAUUCGGCCAUGUACAAAUUUUGUUGACAAAACUGCCAUCUUUUUGCCAAAAGAGAUACUGUUAUUAAAAAGAAUUAUUAUUACAACAUUAAUAACAUCCAUAAGAUUAUGUGCUGUGAAUUUUCGAGAGAAUCACUUUUCUUAUAUAAUUAUUGAUGAGGCGAGUCAAGCGAUUGAGCCAGAGAUGUUGAUUCCUCUAAUGAUAACAAAUGGAAAAUAUGAAGAUGAAAGGAUUGAGUCUCAAGCACAAAUCGUUAUUGCAGGUGAUCCGCACCAAUUAGGACCUGUUGUUCGCGCCAAAUGGAGCAAACAUCUUUUUGGAAUAUCUAUGUUAGAAAGAUUAAUGAAUGAUUGCGAUCCAUAUAAGAAGCAGAAUGGAAAAUACAAUCCAAACUAUAUAACGAAAUUGGUUAAAAAUUAUCGUAGUCAUGAAAAACUUCUAUAUGUAUCAAAUAAACAAUUUUAUUCUGAAGAAUUGGAAGCCUGCGGAGGUGCUGAUACACAAAUUGCAUUGAACUGGUCAAAGUUACCUAAUAAAACAUUUCCUAUGAUAUUUCAAGAGGUUCUAGGCAAAGAAGAGAGAUCUCUAACCCGAAGUGUCUCUAACUCAGCUGAAGUACUAGUAGUGAUACAAUAUGUGAAAAUGUUGAUUAAUACAAAAUUGGGAAAGCGCAUGAUAACGCCGAAAGAUAUCGGAAUAGUAACGCCUUUUAAGCAACAACAGAUUCAAAUUAUUAAUCGUUUAGCAGAGAUACAAUUAGAAAACAUAGCUGUGGGAACAGUUGAGACAUUUCAAGGACAAGAACGAACUGUGAUAAUAUUGUCAACAGUACGAUCCAAAAUCUUUGAACACGACAAUAUACAACAUAUUGGUUUCUUAUCUAACUCAAAGAGAUUUAAUGUUGCUUUGACACGUGCAAAAGCACUUAUGAUAAUAGUAGGCAAUCCAAAUAUUCUUUGCACAAAUGAUAACUGGAAAGUACUUUGGGAAUAUUGUAAAAAGCAUGGCGCAUGUAUCCCAUUCAAACGAUCCCCGUUAAAACCAAAUAAAAUUGCGAAAUUAAUAAGCGAUUACGAAGCAGAUAUGAAUACCGAUGAUAAUAACGUAUUAAAUGCGACAAAAAUAUCUGUUACUGUAGAGCUUGGAAAGAACAAAAAAGAGGAAUUAUCAAAUGUAUUAGUGCGUGCAAUGGAGAAAAAAUUAACUUUAACAUAGAAAAAAAUAUAGCUGAUUGACAGAUAUAUGGUCCUUAAGGACAUUAAUUGUUUUGGUUUAUCGUGAGAUAUAUGUAUAUCAGAAUUUAAUCUAGUAUUUAUAUCUCGUUUCUUUAAGUACGUUAUUCGAAAUGUACAUAUAUAUAUUAAUGAUCAGUAUUAAGUAUAAUACAUCAGAAUUAAAUUGCUUUUUAAAUAUGUAAUAACUGUCUGAUAAUAUCGAGUUUAAUGACAUUUAUUUAAAAAAAUUAUAUAAAAAAUUUGUCCCUAAAAAUAUUUUUACGGAUGAUAUUUUAUACAUAUAUGAUAUUGUAUAAAGUAUUUAUAACUGAAAUAGUAUGAUUUAAUGUUGUAUAAUUAAAAGUUAUAUUAUUGUAUUAUUAUAGUGGCGUAAACAAAAAAUUUUAUAUAAGAUAUUUUUAGACUGCUUUUUUUUGUACUAUGAUUUUAUAAUUGUAGAAUUAAUUUUUUUUAUAUUCGUGUUUUUUUUAUUAUGAAAAAUAUGCUUGUAACUGGGAUUAUAAGUCUUAUCUGAUC